AUGACUUCUAUCUAUCGCUUACAAUGCAAACCUCAAUCUUAUGACUGGGGUAAACUAGGGGACGUUUCCAAGGUGGCUGCCUAUGCAAAAGCUUCUGGUGUCGAAGUAGAUAAUUCCAAGCCUUAUGCCGAGUUAUGGAUGGGCACUCAUCCUAAUGCUCCCUCCAUCGUCUUGAAUGAAACCCAAACUUCACUUGGACAACUUAUUAAAGACAAUGUUCAGCUUAGCACACAAGCCAUUUACGAUCAUUACAAUGGCGACUUGCCUUUCCUCUUCAAGAUUUUGUCUAUUCGCAAAGCACUAUCUAUUCAAGCUCACCCAGACAAGACACUGGGUGCACGUUUAUUCAAAGACUUCCCCAAAAACUAUAAGGAUCCUAACCAUAAGCCUGAAAUGGCUAUUGCUGUUACACCUUUUGAAGCUCUCUGUGGAUUCCGUCCCUUGGAGGAAAUUGCUCACCACAUGAAGGUCUAUCCUGAGUUGACAGAGUUGAUUGGACAUGACCUUACGCAUGAAUUCCUCGAAAUAAGCAAAUCAUCUGACGAACAAGCCAAGAAAGCAGUACUCAAGAAGGUUUUUGCUGCCGUUAUGCGCGGAUCCCAAGAUACCAUCACUCAACUAUUGGCUAAACUCAUUCACCGUCUGAAAGAAUCUGACGACAAGGACACAAUUUCUAAAUUAUUGAUUCGAUUGGAUGAACAAUAUCCCGGUGGCGAUGUGGGCGUCUUUUCUUGUUUGUUAUUAAACUAUAUUUCCAUGGAACCAGGCCAGGCUAUCUUCUUGGGAGCAAAUGAGCCUCACGCUUAUUUGUCUGGAGAUUGUGUCGAAUGUAUGGCCACCAGUGACAAUGUCGUCCGUGCAGGCCUGACUCCCAAGUUCAAAGAUGUUGAUGUGCUUGUAGAGAUGCUCACGUAUCGUUACGGAUCAGCGGAAUCACAAAAGAUGACACCUGUCAAAUUUGGUGAACACUCCCUUUUGUAUGACCCCCCUAUUGAAGAAUUCUCCGUCGUUUGGACAAACAUGGGAUCAAAUCAAACUGAAAAACACAAGCCAAUUGAAGGCCCUAGCAUCCUGAUCGUCACUCGCGGUAAUGGAAAACUGACAGGCGAUGUACUCAAGACAGAACAGAGCUACGACUUGCAAGAAGGUUAUGUUUAUUUUGUAGGCGCAAACACUCCUAUUUUAGCAGAAUCUGGUGAAUCUGGACUAGAGUUUUACAGAGCUUAUUCUGUUCCUCCAACACAACAGUAA